UUGAAAAACAUCCUCAUAUUAUUUGUUCUCUGUCCAUCGAAACUCUUCUAUCUUCGUUCGAAUUCUAGAGACGUUUGGGAAAAAAAACCCGGCAUUCGGUUGUGACGAACAUUUGUUCUCGAUCGAGAGGUGGGCGAAGAUGUUUAUUGGGUUUUGUUUCUUCUCCUUGUUCCUGCGAAUUAUUUGCCCCAUUGUCGGCGGAAAAAUCCGCUAAUUUCCCCCUUUUCUUUGUGUUUUCUCCUACCCGGGAUUGGAUUUGUAUGAAUCUCUUUUAAUUUUUUUUUAUAUACAUAUUUGGAGAUUACGAGUUGUUGGCGCGGCUGGUUCUGGGGCAAAGAAAGUUUUUUUUUUUCCUUUUUUUUGGGGAAAAGGAUCGCCUUUGAAUCAACGUAGGGCUUGAGAUUGUAGUUAGGGUUUCGGAAUUCGGGUCGUCGUUUGUGAUGGAACCUCGCGUGGGAAACAAGUUUCGGCUCGGCCGGAAGAUCGGAAGCGGUUCGUUUGGGGAGAUCUACCUCGGUACUAAUAUCCAGACGAAUGAGGAGAUCGCAAUUAAGUUUGAAAAUGUGAAAACAAGACAUCCACAGCUGUUAUAUGAAUCGAAGUUAUAUAGGAUUCUUCAGGGAGGAACCGGGGUUCCAAAUAUCAAAUGGUUUGGAGUCGAAGGGGACUACAACGUUUUGGUGAUGGAUUUGCUUGGACCGAGCCUUGAAGAUCUAUUCAAUUUCUGUAGCAGGAAACUUUCCUUGAAGUCGGUUCUCAUGCUUGCAGAUCAGAUGAUCAACCGUGUUGAGUUUUUCCAUUCGAAAUCUUUCCUUCACCGAGAUCUCAAGCCGGACAAUUUUCUCAUGGGCUUGGGAAGACGGGCAAACCAGGUAUAUAUCAUCGACUUUGGACUGGCCAAGAAAUACAGGGAUAGUACAACCCAUCAGCAUAUUCCCUACAGGGAGAAUAAGAAUUUGACUGGAACUGCAAGAUAUGCGAGCAUGAACACCCACCUAGGAAUCGAACAAAGUCGAAGGGAUGACCUAGAAUCUCUCGGUUAUAUCCUCAUGUAUUUCCUAAGAGGAAGUCUUCCAUGGCAAGGACUGAAGGCUGGAACGAAGAAGCAAAAGUACGAGAGGAUUAGUGAAAAGAAAGUCUCUACAUCCAUCGAGGCCUUAUGCCGUGGUUACCCGUCUGAAUUUGCGUCCUACUUCCAUUACUGCCGAUCACUCCGUUUUGACGAUAAACCAGAUUACGCAUAUCUCAAGAGAAUAUUCCGGGAUCUAUUUAUCCGCGAAGGGUUUCAAUUCGAUUACGUGUUUGACUGGACCAUCUUGAAGUAUCAACAAUCCCAACUGACUACUCCGCCGUCCCGUGGCAUUAAUACUGGUGUUGGAACGAGUGCCGGGUUGCCUCCAGGCAUUUCCAGCAUCGAUCGAUACACAGGUGAGGAAGAAGGGCGUCAGGUCGGGUUUAGCGAAUCAACGAGGCGGAGAAUGUCGGGAACUAUUGAGAACUCGGGGAACCUUUCGAACCAACAGAGGAUUGGAGAGUCAGCCAUUGCUAGAGACUCUCUUAUGAGUUCAUCGGUGUUUGCACAGUCUGGGGGAUCGUCGAGGAGGGUGACGAGCGGAAGCAGCAGCCGGGAGGCAUUUCUGCAGAGGAGCCGCACCAACGACGCCAGCCGCGGGGUUUCUUCCUCGGAGGCGAAGAGGUCGUCCUCCGCUCGAAAGCACUACGAUGUCCCCAUCAAAGGCAUCGACUCCCUCCAUCUCUCCGACCACAGGUCUCACCACCACCACUGACCACCAUCGUCAAUUAUAAACUAAACGACGAGAUAAGAGCCCGUUGAUGUAAUCUUUGUUUAGGGGAAAAAAAGAAAGAAAGAGCUUACUAUUAUUGUUUCUGUUUUUUUUGGGAAUGUUGCGAGGUGUUUUUAUGUUUACAUCGAGAUGGCCGCUUCUAAUAAUGCAUUCGUUCGUCUCGUGCUUCUGCCAAAA